ACAUAAUCGCUUCCAUGUGUAUUUCUCAAUGGCCAGCUUGAUGUACUGUUCAAAUGCUAUAUCCUAAAAAAUCACUAUUUGCAUAUUCUUCCAGAAUUUCCGAUUUCCUUGUGACUCAUCUCUGAGUGAUAUUGCAACGGGAAUCUCUUCAAUGGAUCUUUUAGUCUCAAGAGGCCAAUAAAAUUUCUUUAUUACAUUUUCUUUGUAAUGGAUGCAAGAAGAGAGACAUAUGGAUUAACAACAAUUACUUAUUCAGCAAUGGCAGAAGGAAGUCUAUCAUAUUUUAUCAGUUACUCCUACAGUAUUUGAAGGGCUCUUUGAAAGAUGAAAACCUUAAAUAAUGGGUCAUCUAUGUCUAUGUAUUACUUGAGAAUUGAGAGCCUAGUCUCUUCAGCAUCUUUGCUAUUUCCGAGAAGGCACUCUAAUUUCAUUAUUAUGUUACUCAUGUAUUUCAUUUUAAUGGUAAGCUGUGCUUUAUCGUUGAAUUAUUGCUCGUUUCCUGUUUGUUGGGGUUUACUGUACUAAUAUUAUAAAGUUCCAUUAUCUAUGUUGCUUGAUGUCUCGAACAUGCUUUUGCAUCGUCAUUUCAGGUAGGCGAGACUAUCAGGGACGUGAUCUUAGAGAAAAGCUUAAUAGGAGAUAUUCUCCACCACGUAGAUACCCUCUUAGACGAGAUAUAAGUGGACGACAUGCAUCCCGUGGUGACAGUCCAUCGGGAUCUCUGGAGAAGAGUGAUAGAAGACGCCGAAAGAGGCAGCAACCAGAUGGCCAGAGUGACUUAUCUGAAAGUCUGCAAACAUCAAAUGAGACCCAAUAUCGCUUGAAAGAGAAGAAGUGUGUCUCUUAUGAUUCCAAGCACACUCUUAAGAUAAGGCAGUUGCAAUCUGAAAUCAAGAAGCUCGAUGACCGCAAAAAAGGAUUAGAGGUCUACCUGGAAGAUAGAACUCUAGAGGCAGAAAAACUGGCCUUGAGAGUUGAAGAGCUUGAAGUGCAGUUGUUCAAAGAAAAAGAUGAAUGUAAAAGGAUAUCAUCCAGGAUUAAGAAGUUCAUUGAAGCACAUAAGCACCUCUCUCGUUUACAUGAUGAAGUUAAGAGGUCAGAUGCUCAACUUCGAAAACUUGGUGAAAAACUUUUCUCAAGUGCUAGUGCAAGCGGGGAUGAUUUAAGCAUGAACAUAGUAAUUGAUGGAGAAGCUGUUGCUUCCCCCAUCAUCUAUGGUGAGAUGAGAAAGAAGAUGUCUCCGCGUAAGAAAAGGUCACGAAUGAACCCAGAAGAUGGGGAGGCACCAGGUCAAGGUAAUCCAUCAGAAGGAGCUUAUGCAGAAAUGAUAAGCUUGGAAAAUAAUCAUUCUCGAAGAAAUGUGCUUCAGAUUCAAUCUAGUAAUGACAAAAAAGUGAAGGCAGAUAUCAUUAGAACAAGCGGUUUUCAGGAUGCUGAGGGUGAAGACAGGCCUGUAAGAGGGGAAGAUUGUUCUACCAACAUUGCAUUGGUGGAAAAGGUGCUUCAUAUCCUUUAUCUUCCCAUUAGCUUACACCUUUGGGUUAUAGUUUUUAUCCCCAAAAAAGAAAUGGUACAUAAUAAGGAUUGUAGUGAGGGCAUACAGUUUCAUUAAAUUUGCAUGUUAUCUUUAAGCUAUUAUGAACUCCGUUCUCUCAUAACAUUGGUGAAUUAUUGCUUUUGUCGGUGUUACUACAACUGCAAUAAACCCAGUAGAAACUCACUAAGAGCAUGUUUUGGUCUGGUAUGGUGUGAUUCUAAUAAGAAUAAGUAAUAAGUUUGGAAGAAUAUGCCCUAAGUGGGGUCCGGAGAGAGUGAGUGUAUGCAAAUCUUACCCCUUCCGGG